UUGCGCAAAUGAGGAAGUGCACUAUGCGGAAGUAACUUCUUGUUUUUGUUGUAUCAGGGCAGAGACUCACACGGCUUUAAACCUAACUGGACAUUGUCAGGUCUACCCCAGCAGACAAUGUUUGUUUGUUUUCUCCCCCCUGAAGAGUAAGAAGAAUUAAACAGUAGCAGGUGUCCUUAUACCCACCGCGCCCUCCUCAGCUGAGAACACUGAUUUUUGUAGCCUGGGUGCUGGGCUACGUGGCCUUCCUGCUCUCCAUCAAGAGGAUGUGGACAGGGAAACACAUCCGCAGUCCGCUGGUCCGCUCGCUCUUUAUGAGCAUGGUGACCGAGGGUGACGCGGGAACGGCUGAACAGACGGAGUGGUACCGGUGCUGUCCGGACCUGAUGGGAGAAUCUGUGCGCCCCCUGUUUGUCCAGAGCCACCUGGACACUGACACCAAGGCGUUUCUCAAGCACAGCCAGGAGAAGUCCAGCUGGCUUUUCACACAGCUCUAUCACUCUCUGGUAUCAACUGUCCUCAGUCCUAUGGUGUCACGCACCUCCAUCAACGGCUUUCUGGGCCGGGGCUCCAUGUUCGUCUUUUCCGCCGAUCAGUUCCAGCAGUUGCUACGGAUCGGCCCGGACUGGGAGGCCGACAGGCUGCUGGAUCUUGGAGCCGGGGACGGAGGAGUCACAGAGGUCAUGGGAGUCCACUUCAAGCAGGUCUACGCUACUGAAGUCUCUCCACCAAUGAAGUGGCAUCUCCAGAGGAGGAAUUACACACUGCUGGGCAUAGAUGAGUGGCAGCACACUGGUUUCCAGUAUGAUGUAAUCAGCUGCCUGAACCUGCUGGACCGCUGCGACGAUCCUCUGCAUCUCCUGCGGGACAUCAAGAGCUCCCUGGUCCCCAAGACGGGAAGACUCGUCUUGGCUGCUGUGCUUCCCUUCCAACCUUACAUUGAAAUCGGAGGGAAGUGGGAGCGUCCAAAAGAGCACCUUAAAAUCGCGGGGAAGACGUGGGAGGAGCAAGUCACGAAUCUGUGCCGUGAGGUUUUCAAGCGGGCUGGUUUUGAGUUGGAGGCCGUGACCAGACUGCCGUACCUCUGCGAAGGCGACAUGUAUAACGACUACUACGUACUGGACGAUGCGGUUUUUGUUCUCAAGGCAUCAGAGGACACUGGAGAUUCUCCUCAGUGAGAAUGGAACUGAUUGUCGGGGGAGAUGCGCUCCAAAUGUUUUAGGGGUUUCUUUAUUCUCCAUGGGUGUUAGUGCAGUGUAAAACGUGUCGUCCUUGCAGUCAUCCGUUUCCGACUUGGGUGGAAAUGGGGAGUCGCACGUGAAGCUCAGGUGCUGCGGUAUAGAUCUUUUGGAUCCAGAGAUACCUCAACAAUUUAAGCAAUAAAGGGAAAAAAAAAGAGAGAGGCUAUUGGGACAGCCACUAAAAAAUUGGUUCUUCGAACAUAUCAUCACCAUGCUGUAAGUGUUGAUCUGUAAAGUCUGGUACUUGUGUUUUGUGUUAAGAUUUAAGUGUUAACUUCACCAGUGAAGGCAAACAUCUAUUUUUUGCUUACUUUUAGUACAUAACAGCUGUAAAUACUAAUGGAAAAAGUAAAAUAUUCUUGACAUUUCCUGGUUACUGAGUAAAGGUUCAGCAAAACAAUGUGAACUUAUAA